AUGAACACCUCCCAUGGCAAGCGAAAGCGAACAUUCAAACUGAGCCUGAGCCUAUUACAUUUCACCACACUUCCAGAUUACCGACAAAAGGAAAAGACGGUAAAGCUAGGUCUCCAUGAGGAUCUCAUUAUUAGUGAAGCCGCGGUACUUGAUUAUCACAAUCGAUCCAUUGCGCACCUAAGACUUCUUGCUGACGAGCCGGAUGCUAUUAUGGAUGAGAAUCUUCUUGCGGCGGCAGUGGUCCUGAGAUUCUACGAGGAAUUAGACGCUCCGUUCAUUGACCUCCCAACUGGCGCCGCUACUCGCGGUCUUCAAGUUUUUAUCGAAGCGCAAGCAAGUUUAGCAUUAACGUCUAUGGGACUCCGACAUGCGGCAUUUUGGAUCGGCUUUCGCCAGGAAUUUCAUAUGGCUUUUUCUCAACAGCGACCAUUUCGUCUCUCACUCGACAUAUGCGAAAGCUACCUUUCCUGGGAUACCGCGCCUGAUCAUAUCUCGGUGAACCGGCUCCUCAUUAUCGCUGCACAUUUCCUUCAAUACUGCUAUGGCGAUCAAGACCAUACCACACACUCUCGCUACGAAGAACUUGUUUCACUUCAUCACCGCUGGUUGGAAGAGCGACCCCUCUCUUUCUUUCCCGUGUAUUCCGAUGCCCCGAAUAAGGAUAAAGGUGAAAUUUUCCCUCGAAAAUGGUACCUGGAUAAUUGCCAUAUUCUUGCCGAACAGACUGCUGGCCUUAUAACCAUAUUAUUAACGGCUUAUGAUCCAACCAUUGCCAGGGUUGGACCAGGCCAGAGACGCGCUAUGGAAUCAAUCGAUGCUAAGCUCAGGUUAACUGUGUUGGACAUUUGCGGAAUUGCGAUUUCGAAUCGCCAGGAGCCAACUGCUCUUCUUACUGCAUCGAUUGCCAUUGCUAUCUGCGGAGAUCGCUUCUCCGACCUCACUGAGCAGCAAGCCUUGAUGGACGUUGUGAUGAAUACGGUCCGUUAUAACAAUUAUUGGCCAUCGACGGCCCUUGGGGCCAAAUUGCGAAAGGCCUGGGACUGGUAG